UAAGACAUUUGAAAGACUUUCUGACAGACACGUAUGGGCGCAAGCACGAUUAUCUUCGUAUUUCCAUUACCGAACGAUGUAAUCUCCGCUGCGUUUACUGUAUGCCUGAGGAAGGCGUUGAUUUGUCGCCACCAGAACAUAUGCUUACGACAGAGGAGAUAGUCAAAUUGGCCAGAAUAUUUGCUCAGCACGGAAUACGGAAGGUCAGACUGACUGGCGGAGAGCCCACGGUCAGAAAAGAUAUCGUUGAGCUUGUGUCCAAGCUCAAUCAAAUUUCAGGCAUUGAAGAGAUCUGUAUGACAUCCAAUGGCCUAGCGCUCCAUCGAAAAUUACCCGAUCUUUUCAAGAAUGGGUUGACGUCGCUCAAUUUGAGUCUUGAUACUCUUAUCAAUGGUAAGUUUCUCUUAAUAACGCGACGCAACGGACUCAGCGCAGUAAUGAGAAGUUUGAAAACGGCUCUUGAAUUGGACAUUCCCAAGGUGAAAAUCAAUGUGGUAGUAAUGAAGAAUCUGAACGAAGACGAAAUACUGGAUUUCGUUGAACUCAGCAAACAUGAUAAAGUCGAGGUUCGUUUUAUAGAGUACAUGCCUUUCGAUGGAAACAAGUGGUCUACGAAUAAGCUGGUCUCAUAUGAGGACAUACUUUCCAAUAUCAAAGUGAGACAUCCGAAUAUCCAAAGACUCCCCCAUAAACACGGGGACACGGCCAAAGUCUACCAAAUUCCCGGAUUCAAGGGGAAAGUGGGUUUCAUAACGUCCAUGACCUCGGACUUUUGCAGUACUUGCACACGUUUGAGGAUUACCUCUGAUGGUAACUUGAAAGUUUGCCUGUUCGAUAACACAGAAGUAUCUCUGCGAGAUAUGCUCCGUGCUGGAUACAGCGACGAUAAAUUAAUGCAGCGCAUAGGUGAGGCCGUGAAAAAUAAGAAGGAGAAACAUGCAGGGAUUGACGUAUUGGGAGAUCAACCCAACAGGCCCAUGAUUUUGAUUGGAGGAUGAAUGAAAUUUGAAAGUUAUUUAUUGCUGCUGACUGCUCGCUCGUUAAGAAAUACUAACAUGUCAAGUCUCGAAACCGUGUUUGCUUGCCAGACGAAAUUACUCUACUUCACGAAAAUUAACUCAUCUUAACUCAAAGGGCGAAGCCCGCAUGGUUGCAAUUCAUGAAAAAGAAGACACCCAUAGAAGUGCUAUUGCAGAGGGUUCAAUAAAGUUCAGCAACCCAGAAUCGAUGAGAUUGCUGCUAUCAGAAAGCAACAAGAAGGGAGAUGUGAUCUCAAUUGCGAGAGUCGCAGGGAUAAUGGCUGCGAAGAAGACCGCCGAGUUGAUUCCUCUCUGUCAUCCAAUCAGCAUCACUGGAAUCAAGGUUGACCUGAUUCACAACGAGAAAGAGAACUGCAUCAAAGUAAACUGUGAGGUGCACUGUAAUGGGAAAACCGGCGUUGAAAUGGAAGCGUUAACGGGUGCAACAGUGUCGUUGCUUACCGUUUACGAUAUGUGCAAAGCUGUCGACAAAAUGAUGAGUAUUAGUGAUUGUCGAGUUGUUAAGAAGUCAGGAGGUAAAAGCGGUGACAUAGAUCUAUCAACCAUGUCCAAAAAGCUGGAAUUAUAGUUAACUCGCGAAGUAUCCCGUCAGACAAACACAAACAACGCUCAAAAGCAACGACAAUUUAGUUUUAGAAGCUCCUGAUUAAAGUCAGUAUUUUGCGAUUAAGAACUAUAAGAAUAGCCAAAAAGCUCUCUUAAUCGUCCCACUUUGGACUCAGUAAUUUUAACUUACGGUUAUUCCAGAUAACAGGAUUGGUUUCGACCCGUGGUUCGGGCACCACUUUGAUUUUUGCAUUUUCCAGGAUAAGCUUGCCAUCCACAUCAAAUAUUUUAUAUUUCGAUGUCAUGUCUUCUUCUGUGACUGACACAUACUUGCCCUUUGAUGCCUUUCUCA